CGUUGCUGCUGCUGCUGGUGAAGUUUCCUUGUGAAAUUGCCCUCUCAUUCGAUGUUGACGGCAUUAACGAGUAAAUACCUGGAUGUCAGGUUGGACAGUGGUUGUUGAAUUUCGGAUGAACGAGAUCUACUGGUUGAACACCAGACAGCGGAAGAGGAAAGGAGAUAUUCAAAUCCCGACGGACCGAUCGGACUUCGAAGUGCCAGUUGAACGGUGGCAGCCAGUUGAGCAGGAAACACAACACUACCUCACAUCGCUCAGUCACCUGGGAAUUCAAGAUGGAUCGGUGCGCGGAGAACUUCUCGCUGUUAGCACAGCCUGCCUACCACCUCAAUCGGAAAUAACACAUUGCUGCCGUACCAACCAAACUCAACUGAUCUGCUCGUUGUCGAGUACAUUUUCAUCGUUUGGGAGACGCAUUUAGAAAACACUUUCCUUGGCUAUUUAUUGCUGUGGUUGGGUGAUCAUCGCCAGCUGAUGUGGCACCACGUCCUUGCUGUAUCUGCCAAAAAUUAUUCCUUCAGAACAAUGUGGGGCCGUGAGAAGUGAGGGACAGGAUUGUUAUCUAAUAGCUGCCUACAUGCUCGCUGGAGCCGCGCAUCUAGCAGAAUGGCAUCAAACGAGCGGUUGUACGAGGUGUGGAUGCUCUACUGUAACAAGAGGGACCCAGACUACCUGAAGCUGUGGCUGGAGAUCUUCAUCACCUCCUACGAGAGAUGUCUGGACGUGGACUUCGAGAAACCGCCCAGCAGGUUGGAGGAGGUACCCCCGGUCAUGACGCUGCUCCCAGACACCAUCCUGCAGGUGCUACGGCAGCAGCUGGUCCAGUGUGUCCAGAAGGCCUCGGACGGCCUGGAGCAGGAACAGCAGAACCUCGCCCUACUGCUCCUCAAGUUCCUCAUCAUCAUCUGCAGGAAUCUGUCCAACGUUGAGGAAAUCGGCACCUGUUCCUAUAUCAACCAUAUCAUCACCAUGACGACGCUCUAUAUCCAGCAGUUGAAGAGCAAGACGAAAGAGAAGGAGCUAGCUGACCAGACGCAGGCGGAGGAGUUUGUGCGUCACGCUCUGGCCUUCUGUGAGAGCCUGUACGAUCCCUACCACAACUGGAGACACCGCGCUCACGGGCAGCAGCUUGGCACGGUGGAGAGGAGUCGACAGAAGUAUAAAGCCGCCCCCCUCACCGUGGAGUUUGUUCCCUUCUUUUACCAGUGUUUUCAGGAGAGUGAGCACCUGAAGGACAGUCUGAAAUGUUGUUUGCUGCACCUGUUUGGGGCCAUUGUGGCAGGAGACCAGCGUAACGCGGUGUUUGCCAUCUCUCCGGCCACUAUGGAGGUGCUGCUGGCGGUGCUGGGCGGGUGUGAGCGGGUGGGCUCGGCGGGGGGCGACGCAGAGGACUGGGACAGCGAGGCGCCGGACCGUAAGGCUCUGCUGACGCUGGGCUGCCUGCGCGAGGUCGUGCACCGCCUGCUGGUCAGCAGCUCCGACCAGCGGCAGGUGGAGAUCAGCGGCGUGCUGGAGAGCUACUUCAAGCUACUCAACUCUGACCCCGCUGCCCCACUGAGCUGCAGGGCAAGGGUGGAGGAGGAGGAGGAGGAGGAGGAGGUGGGGUGGUGGAGGCGGGGGCAACAAUGCCGUUACCAUGACGAGCCCCACCACACCCGUGCUGCCGCCCGUGCAGAGGUCAGGCACUGGGAGAGCCGCUUUGUGGCUCUGCAGGUGCACAUGCUGGACACUAUCCGGGACAUGUUUGAGUGUUCAGACAGACCUGUGCUCCAAGCCAUCUUCCUCAACAGCAACUGCUUUGAGCACCUCACGCGCCUUCUACAGAACAGCAAGCUGGUUAAUGCUAGGUGUACGGCAGCUGAGAAGGACCAAAAAGACUUAGCCAACAGGUUACUUACAGGAGAGGGUGACCCUCAGGUGUUUCAGGGGAGGAUAGACUCUCUGGCUGUGGCCACUAUUAAAGCAUUGACUACAGUGAUGCACAAAUCUCCUGCUGCUAAGGAGGUGUUUAAGGAGCGGAUUGGCUACACUCACCUCUAUGAGGUGCUCGUCUCGUUGGGUCAGCCUUCGAGACACCUGCUCAAGGAGCUCAUGAACAUGGCGGUGGAGGGGGAGCACUCGUCGGUGUGUUUGUUGGGUCUGAGUAACGUUGACCCCUUGCUGCUCCUGCUGCGCUGGCUUCCGGAGCUCUCCUCGUCCGAGCUGCAGGUGUCCACGACCGAGUGUCUCCGUCGCCUGUGCUGCGCUGACCGCCGCACGCGCUCCACCUGCGUCAACGCCGGCAUGCCCGCCCGCAUCCUGGCCACCCUCGGGCACCACGCCAGGCUGCACCGCUCCGCUGCCCACUCCCUGCUGGCUCUGCUGGGCCUGCUGGGCUCCCAGUCACUAGGGGGCGCCGAGCUCCAGUGCCUGCUGCGGCUCCUGAGGCAGGAGAGGCCGGGCCGACAACACCCGUACGUGGGCGCGGCUCUCCGGGCGAUGCUGGUCAUGGCGCGCCGGACCUCGGGGCUGGAGAGCGCCACGCAGUACUUCGACCUGGCGCCCAGCAUGGCCGGCAUCGCCGUGCCGACGGUGCAGAGGUGGCCAGGCGUGGCCUUCAGCUUCAUGGCGUGGCUCUCGCUCGACCAGGAGACGCUCGGACCGCCAGGGAAGGGGGAGAAGAGGAAACAGCUGUACAGUUUCUUCUCUCCGGGCGGUACGGGUUUCGAGGCCUUCAUCAGUUCUGCGGGGCUGCUGGUGGUUGCCGUGUGCACCAAGAAAGAGUACGUCACCGUCAUGCUCCCAGACUACUGCUUCUGUGACUCGCUCUGGCACAGUAUCGGCGUGGUGCAUGUUCCAGGAAAGAGGCCGUUUGGCCAGAGUCUGGUCUGUAUCUAUGUGGACGGACAACAGAAACUGUCUUCCCCACUCAAGUUCCCCAACAUGACUGAGCCCUUCACCUCCUGCUGCAUCGGCUCGGCGGGCCACCGCACCACCACCCCUCCGCCGUCCCAGAUCCCAGACCCCCCCUUCUCUGGGUCGUCCCCCGCCGGACGCUCCUCGCUGGGGGGCAUCCUGUCUCCGCAGGCCUGGGGGGGUCUGCUGGGGGGGGGGGCCGAGUCGGUCACCAAGCUGAUCUCAGCGGGCACGCAGGACAGCGAGUGGGGCUGCCCCACCUCCCUGCAGGGGCAGCUGGGAAACGUCAUGGUGUUCCACGAGGCCCUCUCGGCCAAUCACGUCAAAGCACUCUUCAGCGCCGGUCCGAACUGCAUUUCUCCGUUCAGAAGUCAGGAAGCAGAUCUGGGGGACCUCUCAACCAAAGUCCUACUUCACUACUCGCCAAAGGCAUGUAGGAACCCUAUCUGCCUGGACCUGUCCCCUAAUUUGCUCCAUGGCAGACUGACUGGGAAUAAGGUGGUCAACUGGGAUAUUAAGGACAUGAUUAACUGUGUCGGCGGGAUGCCCGUGCUGCUGCCCAUCCUGGAGCAGCUGACCCUACUGACCCCAGAUCAGUCCGAGCCCACGGGGUCAGAGGUCAUCUCCCCAGACCUUUCCACACCUGCUGACGGAGACUGGGUCAUCCUGCCCUCCAACAGGGCAUCAGAGGCACGUCUGGAGAAGAACCUGGUGGCCACCUUCCUGUUGGUGUUGAAGCACUUCCUCCAGAGGCACCCCAUCAACCAGGAGAGUCUCCUCCACUCACACGCCGUGGCUACGCUGGGGGGACUACUGCAGAGGGUCCCUGCCUUUCUGGUGGAUGUGAGUGUGUUAGUGGCAGUGCAACUCCUAAUCGAGCAGGUGACGUUUGAGAAGAACACACACCUACUACAGCAGUUACACACACACCUCCUUUUCAACUUCAGCAUCUGGAACCAGGGAGACUUCCCCCUUCGCAUCGGUCAUAUCCAGUACAUGUCCACAGUCAUCAAAGACAGCAGGAAGCAGUUCAGGAAGAAAUAUGGAGUUCAGUUCCUAUUGGACACCAUCCGCCUCUACUAUGGGAGUAACCCUCGGGAGGGGGAGACCCUGAGCGAGGAUGACAUCCGCACCAUCCGUGCCUCCCUCUGCGGCCUCCUCAAAUACUACAUCAGCAAGGGCACCACCCAGGAGGAGCUGCAAAGCAUCCUGGGAUACAUCGCCGCCACCGGGGACGAGGAGCAGCUGUGUGAGAUGCUGGAGCUGCUGUUGACCCUGCUGCAGACGAGUGCAGCGCGGGACCAGCUCUUCCUGCUGCUGUUUGAGCCCGGCGCCGCCGACUCCUGCUACGCCCUGUUGCUUAGCAACAAACACUCUGACCGCCUCCGCCAGCUCGUCUUCAAGCUGUUUGAGCGCAUGUUGAAGUGUGAUCGUGUGUAUGAGCGCAGUAAGCAGCGUCUGAAGCUGAAGGAGGUGGGCUACUCAGGCCUCACUCUCCUCUUCUCCGACUCACACAUCACCCCAACCCUCGUCAACAGCCUCCUCAACCAGGUGCUCAGCACAGACGCUGUUAUUAGCUAUAAGGACCUGAUGGCUCUGGUCCAGCUUUCCCACCGCACUGGACCCAAGGUCCGGCUGAUCGUCUGCAAGAGGAUCUACUCUCUGCUCCAGACCAAUGCUGAUGCAGCGCAGCAGAUGGCCAAGCAGCUGUGUUGGCAGGAGACCCUGACGCGUCUGUUCCUGCGUCUGCCUGGAGGGGGCGCCAGUGGCAGCAGCGGUGGUGGGGACGGGGGCUCGGGCCGGGGGGACGCGGCCAGCCUGGGCAGCCUGGACCUGGGCAGGAACCACCUGGAACCGCCCUCGGACAUCAUGAUGGCGUCCGGCCGCAGGACCCCCUCGGACGCUGGCGACCGCCGCUCCGUGGACAGCUUGGACGUUGCGGACGCGGGGGGGUCUCUUUGCGAGACGCCCGUCCGACCCUGGCCCCCAACGCCGGUCAAAGCUGGGGGCUUGACCCUUGACCUGUCCCUAGUGCACCUGUACGAGCAGGCGGACAGCGGCAGCCAGACGCCGGGGAGCAUGACCAGUACCCCGUCGCCCCUGGAGACCGCCAAGACCUUCCCAGGAGCCCCAGCGGCCGACAGGGAGAACAGCUCGUCACUGACCGAUGACAGCUUCCUGUUCAGCGACAACAUCUCGCUGGGAGAGUCCUUCAACAGCGCAGAGCGUGCGGAGGAGGAGCUGUGUCGGUUGCUGCUGGAGGUGGUGUUGUGUGUGAUGUGGCGUGGGGUGGAGGGCUCAGACGACGCUGCGUGGCAGGAGAGGGGUCAGGUGUUCUCUGCCCUCACCAAGCUGGGCACCUCCAACGAGAUGCUCAUGACUGUCGACCAGAUCAAACUCAGCCUCCUGGAGCGCAUGCUGGAGCAGGCGGUGACGGACAACCGUGAGUCGCCCGCGGCGACGCUUCCCCAGCACACGGAGAGCGCGGUGCGUCUGCUGCACGUGGUGCAGGACUUCCUGCAGGCCGAGGGGCUGGUCAGCCCGGCGCUGUGGAGCGAGGCGCUGCUCGAGCACACGGUGGCGCUCAUGGACGGACUCAUGGUCUGGUACUCCGCCGGCGCACAGUGGCAUCAGCUGGCACAGCUCGGACUCCGGCUGCUGCUGGGGUUCAUGGCACAGGAGGACCCACAGGUGUGUGCCAUGGCCACUGCCAAGCUGAACGGUAUCCUGCAGACCAAGACGAUCGAGUCGCAGGACGAAGCGUGCUACCUGCUGGGCCGAGUGGAAGGGAUCCUGCGGCGCGCCACCGAUAGCCCAGCGGCGACCGAGGCCAAGGGGACGGAGCCGGACAGCCAGACGCAGGCGGAGGCGGUGACGGAGACCUACUCCUUCCUGGUGCCUCUCUUGCGCACCCUGCUGGCCAAGGUGUACCGCCUGCUCUACAUGGAGCUCCACCUGCCGGGGCUCCCCGACACCAACGGCAGCCCGUCCUUCUUCGAGGACUUCCAGCAGUACUGCAGGGGGCCCGAGUGGAGGGUCUACCUGGACAAAUAUAUCAUCCCGUAUAUGAAGCAGUAUGAGAUCGAGACGUUUAGUCUGGGUCAUGAGAACAUGGCUCUGUUCUGGAAGGAGUGCCACGAGGCCUUCAUGGUCAACCUGCACCAACGGGAGCGCCAGAGGGGCGAGAGCAAGAUCCGCUUCCAGGAGCAGUUUGUGGAGCCGUUCAGCCGUCGCGGUCGCCAGGAGAACCUGCGCUACAACAGCAUGCUGAAGCAGCUGCACACACACAACAGCACCCUCCUCAGGCAGUGGAAGGCAGCGCGCCGCGGACUCUUCUCCGAGAGGGGUCCCUGGGCCGACAGUCAGCAGUGUGAGCUCCAGUGGCGUCUGUCCAGUGCAGAAAACUUCUCGCGUAUGCGUCUCAAACUGGUGCGCAACUACAACUUCGACCCUCACCGGGAAGCCAGCGCCCUCCGAGACAACCUGGGUGUGCAGCACCAGAAGGUGAGUGCGGAGUCGCUGCUGCUGGAGGCGGCCAAGCAGGUGAAGGUCAGCGACCUGGAGGACGACAUCCUGGAGCUGCCCGAGGAGGACCCCACCACAGCCAAUCAGGCGGAGGAGGCGGAGGAGGCGAGCCAGAAGGAGAAGUUGGUGCUGUGGGAGGACUGCGAGCUGGUGACUGUAGUUGACGUGUUCCCUGGACGCCUGGAACUGACCACACAACACAUCUAUUUCUACGACAGCAGCACAGAGAAGGAGGAGGGUGUGGGUCAGGACUUCAAGUGGCCGCUGUCUCAGAUCCGAGAGGUGCACCUGCGUCGCUACAACCUGCGUCGCUCCGCUCUGGAGAUCUUCCUCAUCGACCAGACCAACUACUUCCUCAACUUCAAGAAGGAGGCCCGUAAUAAGGUGUAUAACAGGCUGCUGCUGCUGCGAUCCCCCUCUCUGUAUGGAACUCGCUCUCCUCAGGAGCUUCUCAAGACAUCAGGCCUCACGCAGAAAUGGGUGAACCGGGAGAUCUCCAACUUUGAUUACUUGAUGCAGCUCAACACCAUUGCCGGCCGCACCUAUAACAACCUGGCCCAGUACCCUGUGUUCCCAUGGAUCCUGUCUGACUACACAUCAGAAGAGUUGGAUCUUUCGGACCCACGCGUGUUCCGAGAUUUGUCCAAGCCCAUCGCCGUGCUCAACGAGCGGAAUGCCAAAGCCGUCAGAGAGAAGUACGAGAGUUUCGAGGACCCCACGGGUACCAUCGACCGCUUCCACUACGGGACACACUAUUCCAACGCGGCGGGGGUGAUGCACUACCUCAUCCGGGUCGAACCAUUCACCUCCCUGCACAUCCAGCUGCAGAGUGGGCGCUUUGACUGUGCGGAUCGGCAGUUCCACUCCAUCCCGGCCACAUGGCAGACUCUGAUUGACAAUCCCAACGACGUCAAAGAGCUCAUCCCAGAAUUCUUCUACUUCCCGGAGUUCCUGGAGAACCAGAAUGGUUUUGACCUGGGCCGGCUGCAGAUCUCAAAGGAGCGGGUUAAUGACGUCAUCCUGCCUAAAUGGGCCAAAUCCCCGGAGGACUUCAUCUACAAACACCGGAAAGCUCUGGAGUCUGAGUAUGUCUCUGCCCAUCUCCAUGAAUGGAUCGAUCUGAUUUUUGGGUACAAGCAAAGAGGCCCGGCUGCAGUGGAGGCCCUCAACGUCUUUUACUACUGCACUUAUGAAGGGGCGGUGGAUCUGGACGCCAUUACUGAUGAGAAAGAACGUAAGGCUCUGGAGGGGAUGAUCAGUAACUUCGGCCAGACUCCGUGCCAGCUGAUCAAGGAGCCCCAUCCUGUGCGUCUGUCACUGGAGGAGCUGGAGAGGAGGAAGGCCCGGCUGGAUGGCUGCCCCCUCAGCAUCUUCGAGCAUGUCACCGAACUCAAGUCCUUCUUUGUGGAGGGCAUCAGUGACGGUGUUGCUCUGGUGAAGGCCGUGGUCCCUAAGAACCAGUCCCACUCCUUCAUCUCCCAGGGCAGCCCUGACACGCUGGUGACGGUGAGCCAGAACUGCCUGAUGGGAACUCACGGUUGGCUGCCGUACGAUAAGAACAUCUCCAACUACUUUACCUUCAUCAAAGACCCCACCGUGUCCAACCCAAAGACACAGCGUUUCCUGUCUGGUCCGUUCUGCCCGAGUAUCGAGGUGACAACUCGUCUGUUUGUGGUGUCGCACGACGGCAAGCUGCUCUUCAGCGGCGGUCACUGGGACAACAGCCUGCGGGUCACCUCACUGGUCAAGGGCAAGACCACCAGCCAGCACAUCAGACACAUGGACAUUGUGACAUGCCUGGCGACGGACCAUUGUGGGAUCCACCUGAUCUCUGGUUCCAGGGACACAACCUGCAUGGUCUGGCAGGUACAGCAACAGGGUGGAGCUCCAGUGGGUCUGUACCCUAAGCCAGUUCAGGUGCUCUAUGGACACACAGAUGAGGUGGUCAGUGUCAGCAUCAGUACUGAACUUGACAUGGCAGUCUCAGGAUCACGGGACGGAACGGUCAUUAUCCACACGGUGCGGCGGGGUCAGUACAUGCGCUCGCUGCGUCCACCCUGUGAGAGUUCACUUCCUGUGUCCAUCCUGCACCUGGCCAUCUCCUGGGAGGGGCACCUGGUCGUACACACCUGUGUAGAGGGCAAAGCCACGCUCAAGGAUAAGAACGCACUGCACCUGUACUCGGUGAAUGGGAAGCACCUGUGCACGGAGCCUCUGAAGGAGCAGGUGACGGACAUGUGUGUGUCGGGGGAGUAUGUGGUCAUGGGCAGUGAACAGGGCUACCUCUCAAUCCGAGACCUCUACAGCCUGGCGCUGUGUGUGCCUCCGCUGGCGAUGCGCGUGGCGGUGCGGAGUGUGUCGGUCACUAAGGAGCAGUCUCACGCGCUGGUCGGUCUGCAGGACGGCAAGCUGAUCGUGGUGGGCGUGGGCAAGCCGGCCGAGAUGCGUUCUGGCCAGAUCACGAGGAAGCUGUGGGGCUCCAGCAAGCGGCUGACCCAGAUAUCCUCAGGAGAGACGGAGUACCACUGAUCCCGCCCCACACCCUCUCUCCACCCUCCACUGCCCUGUCAAUCAUGACAAUCAUCCAACCAGAGCAGCACAGAACACGAGUGAUUGGGGAAUGACUGACUGAGUUUGGUUGACCCUUCCUUUCUUCCUGCAUGCAGUUAAAAUUGAGGACACUGGGGACUUGACCCCACCCUAAAGAUAGAGGUUGAUGUACUUCCUUAUGUGUUGGUGAGAGUGUGUGUGUGUGUGUGUGUGUGUGUGUGUGUGUGUACUGUAUGUGUGUGUGUCCUGACAGCGGGACAGGCGCAGGCGCUGUGACCCGGCUUGUCGUGAGUGUGUGUGUGUGUGUGUGUGUGUGUGUGUGUGUCUCACUGCAGCCCCAUACAUUAGCCCAAAUGCCACCCUGCCACACGGAUUCCAGUUCCUCACUUCACUCUUAAGAUCAUUAUCAUCAUCAUCAGUUGCCAUCUCUCACACUGCACCAAAGGAAAAGUCUACUUUCGUGUUGGUCAGGGGGACAUUGUUUAGUGUGUGUGUGUGUGUGUGUGUAUGUGUGUGUGUGUGUAUUCCAUAGUGGCCUUCUGUUUUCUGUUGCCUUUUUGGUGCAAGGCGUAAAAUGGCCAUUUGUGAUUCAGUAGAAGUCCAGAGAUUGUGUGUGUGUGCGUGUGUGUGUGUGUGCAUGUUGUUUCUGUGUGUGAGUGAGAGAUGGAGAAAUCAAAUUACAUCAAACACAUUGUACAAACACACAUACACAGUCAGUUCCACUCAUGUUUAGUAAUGUAAAUAAUUGUUUGUUUGUUGUUGUUUUGGUGCUAAGGAGGACCCAGUGUGGAGUUCUGUAGCACACCACUGACCAGUAUAGACACACUCACAUAUUUUAAUGACGUUUUAAUGACAUCUGGUUGAUUUUGCAUCAGCAAAUUGUGUCAGUGAAGCAAUAUUUCGUAACAAACUCACACACAGACACACACCUGCUAACGACGACGGGGUUAUCGUUCUGUGUGUCCUGUGGUCACUUUUCUGCUCGACUUUUUAGCCAUCGAAUGUUUUCUUUGCUCAUUACUUGAAAUGAUCAUUUAUGUUUGUUUGUUUGUGUGUGUGUUUGUUUUGUUUGUGUUUUUAUUUAUGUAAGGAAGUCUGAGAGGUUGCCUGGACUAGUCUAUAGAGCGGGUGAGGAUGUUGGUGGGCAAUGCCCAUAUCACAUAUGCAGUUCCUCACGUGCCCAGGUCUCACACACCCGCUUCCAACACGGGGGGGGGAUUGGGGGGGGCAGCAAAGGGCUUCAGCCAUGUUAUUGUAUGCUAGUCCCCCACCCCACCCCACCCCUCUACGUGGUACAUUCCAGCCUCGACCAUAGUGGCUGACCAAUACAAUGUUUUCCUAGUCUUCCUGGUUGAGUCCAUGUGUCUUAAGAAGGGGGGUCCCCCCUCUCCUCUGCUUCCAAUCCUCUGCCCCAGUUAGCCAUGCUGUGUUCACAUCACAGCUGCUUUGCCCAGUAGGGGGAGCUGUUCUGCUGGGCAGUACUGAAGGGCAUUUGGGGUGUGUGCUUGAGCGCACACGUCUGUCUCUGUAUUUGAUCACAAACGGUUAGUCCCCUCACCAACUUUCUCCCUCUGUCUCUCUCUCUCUCUCUCUCUCUCUCUCUCUCCCUCCCUCCCUCCCUCUCUCUCUCUCUCUCUCUCUCUCUCUCUCUCUCUCUCUCUCUCUCCUCUUCUCUGUGUAUUUGGCCGACUCUCUAACGGUUCUCUGUAUAAAGGCCAAACCUUGCGAGAUCUGUGGACUGACUGAAGGCUGUGACAUAGUGGCCUGGCCAGUAGGUGGCACUAUAACAGAGGAGCUCAGUGAUCUGAGAUUGGUCAGCUAAGGGCAAGUUCUCUGUUUGUCCGCUGUCAGUCAUAUGCUCCCAUGGCAAAACACCUGUGAUAGCAGUAAGACAAAGAUGCACCAACAAAGUGUGAUGGUAAACUUCUGUGUAUGUGUGUGUUUGUGUAUGUGUGUGUUUGUAUGCCUGUUUGUGAACCGUUGUGUCUUUUGAUUUUUGUUUUGUUUUUAUUCUGUGCUAAGACCUAGAGAGAUAUUGCUAUCAGCAAUAUAUCCCACCACUGAGACGAAAACAGAGUGCCUUUAUCCAAUCAUGCAUCAACGCUUCCUGAUGCAGAAACCCUUCCCUGUCCGUGACCUUUGCCCUCCAUAAACUACAGCAUUCCACUAAAAAUAAACAAAUGAAAUUAAAUGAAAUGCUUAUUUUGGAAAUCAAAGAUCAUCAAAGCUUUUGUCAGAGGCUGAAUCUAACCAGAAUCUAUGUGACUCUGAAACUAGCUGCUUUAGAUUUGACUUGUCACCAAUGGAUGUGAGUUUAUGUGUGUGUGUGUGUGCGUGUAAGUGUGCAUAUUUAUAUGGUAUGAAAUGUACAGCAUGAUUUUAUUUCUGUGUAUUUGAAUUGUAUUUUUUUUGCACUUUCCAGGUACUACCAAUUGUUGAGAUUGAUUGAUUGUUUUAAAUGGCUUCUUGAUCUGUACAGACAAGCUGCUUUGUAUACACAAGUGGAAAAUGAGAAUUAAAGCCCUAAUGAAGAUCA